UGGGUAGCUUAUGGGCCUAGAGCGGUACCGGACCAAAUUACAUCCCUGCUGCGAUUGUGCUAAAACAAAAGCCGCUAUCUACUGCCUUUACCUUUUUCAAGGGACCAUGUCCCUGAUGUCUCUGAGGUUGCUGGUCUUCCUAGGGCCCAAAGCUUGAUCCUGGGCCUUACACUCAAAGCUCCCCACACAUAUAUCCCUGGUUCUAGGUGGAAACUACAGAGGAAGAGCCAUGUUCAGAGUUCUUCAUCUGUGUAAGUGAUUUAAUGAUAUAUUUCUGCUUUCAGAUUUUCAUACAUUUGAGGGGAGGAACACCAUUGUGCAGAGCAUCUCACAGAUGAUACAAAACGUUUCAGAUAAAUCCUACUGUGGUUCUCGCUGGAAGAAAUUUGAUGGAAGCUGCUAUUACUUUGAAGUAAAUCAAAUGACCUGGAUAGAGGCUCGUCUCUCUUGUGACAGGAGGGAUAGUGACCUGGUCAUUAUCAACAGCGACAUGGAGCAGGAAUUUAUUCACAGUAAAACUGGUGACGAUCUUUACUGGAUUGGUCUCGAGAAGAUUACAGACGUCUGGACAUGGGUUGACGGAACAAUCCUCAAAGCAUCAUCUGGAUUUUGGGGAAAAGGGGAACCAAAUAAUGGAGGAGGGAAUGAAAAAUGCACUCAGCUAACCCCCGAGGGAAAGAUGAAUGACGCACCAUGUGACAAUGCGAAAUACAAGUGUCGCGCCAUCUGUGAGAAAAAAUGAAUCUCAUGAAUAGAAAAAAGAAUGAACAUUUGGCCCAAACUUAAUACCUUUGAUUCCACUUUAUUCCCUGGCCCCAUGUUUAAGGACAUAGCAUAACUUCAUGGAUUGUGCAAUGACUGUGUGUUGCAGUUAUGGUCACAUCAAUGCACAUUUUUGUUUACUAUUAAGUGUACAAUGUCCAGACAAAAUAACUAUAUUAACCUGCUACUAGCAAGUUUGCAAGGGUAGAGAAAGCAUAGAGCCUUGCUAUAUAAAUAAACAUUGAAGUAAUAUUAUUAGUUGGCAUUAUGGUAUCAGUUUAAGACUAUAAAUGCUUGUUUAUCUCACUGCAAAGAGCAGCUGUCUGCACUGCAAAGUUCUAGCUCUUGGUGUUUUCAAGUGCUUAGCAUUUGGGUGUGAUGUCCUUUCAAAUAAUAAUGCAUUAGUGCUGAACUGAGCCUGAAAUUAGAUGGGGAUUGGAUGGGUGGGCAUCAAACACAGUUCACCAGAAAACAAAGUGUUAGAAGAUAGAUGACUAGAUGAUCCAGGACUUCAAACUUGUCAUAAGGGGUCACCAUC